AUGGACGACCAAACGCCACAGCAGAAAACCCCCUUCGACCUCCCGGGCCUGAAUUUGUCCGUGUUCUUCACGCCCAGGGUACUGCUUGCUGCCGUCGCGUCGUACGCUUUCACCCUGAGGGAGUUGUUGAUGAUGCAGAUUAUGAAUUCGAUAACCGACAAGCAGGAUUGGGAUACCAAGGUGUUCAAUGAGGAAAUCGUCAGCAAAUGGCGAAGUGAGAUCUCUGAGGGUGACCACGACGUGACGACUGCGAUGAUGGAUUGGAUGAUCCAGGAGCUUCAAUGGAAAGCAACCCAAUAUCGGAACUCUGGUAUUGUCACUGCAUAUGAUACCGGCGUCGUCAAGUCAGACGUGGCCAUCUCAAAAGACCUCCAGCAGAGACUUCGCCAGGCAGUCAGCCACCUUGAAGCCACUUCGGAAAAGGACUACCAUCCCGGGUCUGACAUGAAGGUGGUUGACCUGGUCCACCCGUCCUUAUUUCCACUCAUAUAUGGCAGAUCAAGAGCCCUGCGCGACACUAUAAUGGGCGUCGAGGACUGUUUCAGCAGCAUCGGACAGGGUAAGUUACUGGAACUUCCCAAUGAACAGCAACUGGCCGCUAUUGGGAUAUCUGAAGUGGGAGAGUCGAACCCAUACAGCGCAAAGUUCCAGUGGCUUCCAUGUAAUGUGGAGUUUACUCCGGAUGGUCAGAUCCGGAUUGCUUCGUACAUCAAUAACCUGCACCCAAGAAAACACAGGGAUCUGUACAAGAUCAUCGAGGAAGUGUUAACACAGACUAUUCCGCUAUGGAACGUCUCCUUAUCGUGCAAGGGUACCUUUGAAUAUCGCAUCCCCGUCCACAGUUGCGAAUAUGAGUCCGAUGAACCCGAGCCACAACCUGAGACUCCUGGUGUUUAUUCGAACGCUUACUGGGACCUUCAUGACGCGUGGCAGGGUCGGCGCCAGGUUAAAAUUCCCGAGCCGGGUCAAUUCGAGCCACCGAAGGAGAAACCGAACGAAAAAGCCGACCUCCAAACACAAUUCAAAGACAGAGGCCUGCAGGUCAUUGUCAAGCUGGCCAACAUUGAGCUCACCCCGGAAAGACCCGAGUAUGAGGGCGGAUCGUGGCAUAUUGAGGGCCAACUGAAUGAGAGAAUAUGUGCAACAGCGAUAUACUACUACGACUCACACAACAUCACCGACAACACCCUGUCUUUCCGCAACCGCGCCGACGAGGAAUACAUCCAGGAGGUAUCGUACGAACAAGGCCACUUCCACCAUUUAAGCCUGUUUGGCUUCAACCCCGACGAUGGCUACGGUGGUACGGACGAUAUAACCCAGAAUCUCGGGGGCGUAUCAUGUCGCGAAGGACGGUUGUUGACGUUCCCAAAUAUCCUGCAGCACCGCGUCUCUCCUUUCUCGCUGGCGGACCGGUCGAAGCCAGGACAUCGCAAGAUCCUUGCCUUUUUUCUCAUCGAUCCCAACCGGCGCAUCAUUUCAAGUGCCAAUGUGCCCCCGCAACGCGAGGAUUGGUGUGAUGAAUUCACGGACGCUAUUAAUGAAGGUCUGUCUAGCCGGUUCCCUGUUGAACUGCAGGACAUGGUUCGCGAACACUGCGACUUUGCACCUAUCUCAAUGGACGAGGCAAAGGCGUACCGAUUGGAGCUGAUGGAAGAGCGAUCGGCAUAUGCUGAAGGUGGAAAUAGUCUCUUUGAAGGUGGUGAAUUUAACCUAUGUGAACAUUGA